AUGGCGUGUGCUGCCGGCGACCCCCGCGACCCUCCAGAGAGGCCUCUGAACCAGCCCGCCCUCUUGGGGGAUGACCUGGCCGCCUUCCGCGCCGUCCUCAGCGCGGACCUCCCGGUGACCGCCGCCGUCGACGCGCUCAACCGCUGCAACGGUGACACCGAGCGUGUCAUCAAAUGGCUCCUCGACGAUGCAACUGCCGCCAACAGUGACGGCGGCCUACAUGGGACUCGAGAAAGGGGCGUCAAGGCGGAGUGCGGCAUUGGCGACACCUCCUGCCCCUCGCCGCCUCUGCUUUCGGUGAAGGUUGAAGUAGCCGACGAGGGUGAACUCAAGGUCAGUGUCAAGAGGGAGCCAAUCGAUGCCGAUGCCGAUGAGGUGAAGGUAAAGGUUGAAGCUUGCGGCGAGGCAGAGGUGAAGGUGAAGGUUGAAGCCCCUGGUGGGGUCGAAGUGAAGGUGAAGAGGGAGCCAAUCGAAGCCAAUGGCCACUUCCAAGAGCAAUCUGGUCAUCGGAUCAAGCAGGAGGAGGAAGCCGACGAGGUCGUUGUCAAGGAGGAGCAGGCACGUGAUUCGCCAAUCAAAGGACAACUUUUGUCGCGGCGCCGUGUCAAGGAGGAGAGUGACAACAAUGAAGAUGAGGUGGAGAUCGUGCCCAUCCGCGCGCUGCCACCGCCAGGGGCCAUACCGGUGAGCGAGUGGAGGAUGGUGGUGGCGCCGCCGCCGCCGGAACUGGACGAGUACCCGCCGGACCGCCGCGAGUGGUGCUUCUUCAAGAAGUCGUACGCCACCGGGCUGUCGACUUGCCGCGGGAGGAAGCUGCUGGACACCGGAGAGGUCGUGCACUUCGCAUUCCCGUCGUACGACAGGCUCCACGGCGGCCUCAGGAUGCCGGUCAGGCAGGCUGCUGCUUUGGCGGAGAUCAUGCGCUUCUCGACCAAUCGAUCUGGAGAGGUUCGUUCUUGCAACAACACUCACUCUCACUCUUACACCUGCCUGCGCAGAGUUAGUAUCUCAGCUUUCAUUAUCCGAUUGAUGGUAAUUGCAGAUUGGGAAGCUAUCUCCCAUGUGGGCAAAGUGCCUUGCUCCGCUGGCAAGUUCUUCAAGGAUUAUGGUCCUGUGAAAGAUAGUGUUCCCCAUGAUGGAGCUGAGGCUGAUGCAGGAAGUUUUGCUGUAUGUCAGCUUCUACAUCAUCGCUCGGCCAUGUACCGCUCCUGA